AUGGCCGCGCGCUGGCGGGCGUCGGGCGCCCAGGUGGUCGAGCUGCUCAUCAGCACCGAGUACUGGAUCUCUUGCUACUCGGCGCCCGGAGCGCCGCCCGGCGUCUUCGAGGUGCUGGACGGCGUCGAGUGGGCGGUGCUCCCCGCCGGAG